AUGGCGAAGUGGCUUUUUUGUUUUUUAAUUUACACUAGUCAGCAUGUUCAAGCUCAACACGGUACAGUGGGAAGGCCUUGUGAAGCAUCAACAGACUGCGGUACCGGCAAUUAUUGCACUGGUAACAAAAAGUGCGCGUGCUUGACAACCUACGUCGAAAUUGAUUCUUAUUGUUGGAGAAAAAUAAGUCCCGGUGAAUCAGGAUGCAUGCAAAAUCGGCAAUGCGAGGCUGUAUGGCCAGGUGCAUAUUGUAAAUCAGGUGUAUGCAGAUGUGCAAAUAACAAUCCACCAUUCAGAACUCGUGAUGGUCUUGUUUGUCUAAGUUACGGUCUAUGUCCAUUGAAUGGAAACAAUCCAAAAUUUCGUAUAAAAAAUGAAGUGCAGCAGUGCUAUGGAGGAUCUGACGCAUCAUGUGAGGCUAUUGGAGCAUUAGCUUAUGACUGUAUUUGCGAUAAACCUGAUUGCACCGCUGAUAAUCCAAUCAGUUUUUGCUGUCCAUCGCGUGCAUUUGCAUGCAUUCAACCGCCAAAUGAAGGUUAUACAUCUCCAGAUGGAGGAACAACACUAAACCACUGGUACCAUGAUCCGAUAACAGGAGAAUGUCGCGAGCUUAAAUAUUUAGGAAACGGUGGAAAUGCGAAUAAUUUUCAGACGAAGGAUCAUUGCGAAAGUUACUGCAAACAGACAUGCAAUCGUGGUUUGCCUCUUUAUCGAGAUCGAAUAAUUGGUGCCAAACAAGAACCAGUAUAUUGUCAAGGAGAUGACAGUGGUUGUAAUAAUCCCAAUUAUGUAUGCACAUCAAUGGGUACCUUACAACAGUGCUGUCCUUCACACACUCAUAUAUGUUCAAGAAGUGGUGGAAUACCAAUAGAAGUAUACAAUUCAGUAGGUGGUGUCCCUACUGAUUAUUUCGAUGCUGGUGUCGAGGAUGGGACAGGCAAUAUAUAUCCACGAUUUUAUUACGAUUCACGAGAGGGUCGCUGUAUUCAAUUUUCGUAUUACGGUCAAGGAGGCAAUUUCAAUAAUUUUCUCUCUCAGGAUCAUUGUGAGAAAUUUUGUUCACGCAUCUUAUGUAGUGCUGGUGAACCGCUUAAGGAUAGCAGUGGUGAACGUAAUAUGGACUGUUCACCAAGUGGAUCUGGAUCUAAUGUUUGCCCCUCAACGCAUAGUUGUGAGUCGACGUCUGGUUCAGCAAUUUUUGGCGGAGUUUGUUGUCCCAAGUCCCAGUAUGUUUGUAAGCUACCUCGUGAACAAGGCAACUGCGGCACAUAUAGCAAUCGAUGGUGGUUUAACGCGAAAACCGGGAACUGUGAAGAGUUCGUCUAUUCUGGAUGUCAAGGCAAUGCGAAUAAUUUCGAGACUUAUAAAGAAUGCCAAGAUUAUUGCAGAGAUGCACGAAGUGAGCCUCAAUGCAUUCAAGGAACUGCACUAACAGAUUCUAAUGGUAAUUUCAUUAUUUGUGGGGGAUCAACAUCCAUAACAACGACAUGUCCAGCAAAUCAUUAUUGUUAUUAUGAUGGGACAACAUAUGGAUGUUGCCCAACGCAAGCACACACAUGUUCAUUGUCACCUAAACGUGGUGCAACUUGUGGUCCAGCAGUGACCAGGUGGUACUAUCACUCAUCAUCACGCACCUGUCAGACAUUUUCUUUCAGUGGCUGCGAUGGAAAUUCGAAUAAUUUCGCUACACAACAAGACUGCAAAGAUUAUUGCCGAGUAGAAAGUUGUCCAGAUGGAGGCGAGGUAUGGAAAGAAUAUAAUGGUGCAGUGCGGACAUGCACCACAAAUCAUCAGUGUCCAUCUACACAUUAUUGUACUCCUGUAACCGCAUGGACAGGUUCUGUCUAUCAAACCAAAUCCCUCUGUUGUCCAUCGAAGAAUUAUGUGUGUAGCCAACCACGUGAUACAGGUGUUCGUUGCAGUUCAACUCGAAUUACCCGUUAUAAUUUUAAUCCUGAAUUGAAAACUUGUCAAUCGUUCGAAUACAAUGGAUGUGGAGGUAAUCGGAACAAUUUUGCUAAUCAAAAAGCAUGUCAAAGCUAUUGCUUAUCAGAAUCUUGUCCGCCUGGUACAGUUGUGGCAAAAGAAUCGGAUUCAUCAAGGUUGAUGAAGUGCUCCAAUCCUGGUGGAGCUGGGCGUCUUUCAGGUGGCUGUCCUGAAGGAUAUUCCUGCUACAGUAGCGUUUUACUUGGUCAAAAUGUUUGCUGUGGUGCUUCUACUGAUCUUCAAUCUCUUUGUCCUUCUGGUUCGACGCCAUUUAUAUCUGCUUUAACCUCACAACCAAUGCAGUGCACACCAAAUGUGGAUGGUUCAUGUCCUGGCAAUUUUUUCUGUUGGUUCUCUACGACUUCAAACGCAGUCAAUGCUUUUUACUGUUGCAGAUCUCCUACAACAGUAGACACUGGAUACUGUCCACCACAUUUAAUAUCAGUACCUGGUGACGAUGGAUCACAAUAUCGAUUUUGUAGUCCGUCAGCACCAGUUAGUGAUUUAAGACAUUCUUGUGGCGCAAAUCGACAUUGUCAAUAUUCAACGAGCCUCGAUAGAUAUAUAUGUUGUGGCCUUGAAAGUGAACUCCGACUGUCUAAUAUUUGCCCACCAAAGCCACCUAAUCUCAUGCCUGUUAUUAUGAAAAAUAAUUAUCGUACUUGUUCACCCCGUUCUCGGCCUGGAACACCAUUAUAUUGUCCAGAUAAUUCAGUUUGUCUUUAUACCGGUGAUCAGUAUGGCUUUGUAUGCUGCAAAGUAAGUUUUUUUUUUAAAUAUGGCAAAAAUGGCAUUUGUCACAGAUAA